GGCCGCCUGCUGCGAAAUGAAUUUUGAUUGCCCUUUUUCGACGGAAAUUUCAUCGCAAUCCACAGUCAAGAAUCCUUCCACUGGCUAAGCGAGCUACUGGCUCAGCCACGUAAUACAUUUGCCGCCAUUUUCACGGCUGCCUUGAAUUCAAGAGUCCUCGUGCGCGUUUCUCAUCUCUUUUGGUAUGACUCCCCCCGUUCUCAUUGACCAGAGCGGUUUCAAAGCGUUGGAAUGACGCUCCGAGAGAUUGAAGAAGGACAGGCCAUGAGGUCGUCAAUACGACAGAUGGACUUGUCCUAUCACGCUGCACCCAGCCCAUCCCGCACGCAGACUGGCUAGUCUCAACAAAGAGUCCCCGUAUAUUAUCUCGUACGGAGCGCGGAGUAUGUAGCACUCGGUUCUCAGCUCUCCCCCCCACCAAAUAUCAUCAGGGUGGCGUGCUGCACCCUUCAUGUGUCCUGUAUGCACCCUUUUCCCUUCCGACCAAUCCGCCCGGGACAGGGAUCCUCAUAGCCGCGCCCAGCCUUGGUACAGACACGAGAUUAACUUCCUCCCAGAGCGUUUCCCAUCGUUUAUGCGGUGGAUCGAGCACGGCAAGUGGAUGCAAACGGACCAGGGAAACAGGAAUCUUGUCGGAUGAUGUGCAGCCAGGGCGCGCAAUUGGCCGGCAAGACGCGUGCAAUCAGGCUGUUUUGUUGCAUACAUCUAACUCCUCAUGUCUGUCCUCCUUAUGUAUUUCUUGAAGCUGCAAUGUAUGAUGUAUGUUCUGCACACGGCCGCAACGGACGCAGAUUUUUCCCCUCCUUUUUUUUUUUUUUUUUUUUUUUUUUUAAAUUUUUUGAAAACUUCCGCCGGAGUGAGUUAUCUGUCUUGCGUCUGCUGCAUGAAGACAUCAUCCCGCUCGCCCUGCGCUUCUCCCGCCCGCUUUCCCCGCACUUUCCCCCGUUUUCUGGGCGUGUUGCCCAUCUGCGCCUUGGAAGAAGAAGUACCAUCGAACUUUCCACUGCACAAAACCGGGAAUGUGCACGGAUCCACGGUCGGUGAUUGAUCAUCUCGGGGAUGUUUUGAGGCGACUUGUUCCAUUUGAACUCUUUGGCUAGUUCUUUUCUUGAUCGUCAAAUUUUUUUUGUCUGCAAGCCACCGGUUCCGAACCAGCCAGAGUAACUACGGAACACGGAAGUGCGGAGUUGCAGGCUCGUUGAACGCUGUACUCUCUGAUUGCCCAAAGAGCCAGCUCAUUUCCGAGCCCGACACGCGAGAGAGCGAACUUUCUGAAGAUGUGUCGAUGACCGGAUUGAAAAAUGACCACUUUUGAGACGAUUUCCCACUCAGCCUCUCCGAGUAAUUCCAUAUCUUCAGGUGGAAAAUGAAAGAUAGUUGUUUCAAGCUGGUCUUUUCGAGUGACUCACUUUGUUCUUGCAGUGAUUAUGAGCCUCUGCCGUAACCCCCCUGCAAAAUUGGUUUCAUCCUCAGCUUCCUUCAGCCCUGUGCAAUUAUGUC